GUGAUAUUUGUAAUCUGGUAAUGGUGCCAAGGUGCUAAUGAAUUGUAUAUAUUUUAAGAUGGCCAUUUGUGUAUUUCUUUGAAAGGUACAUAUAUCAAAAAUUUACUAUAAUUCAAUAAUGUUCAUGGAAUUCUAUUAGCAAUUACUUAAAAGCAUGUGGAAAUGUGUUGUGAGAGGUUUGAUGAUUGUAGCCUGUAGAUAGGUAGAUAGAAUGGCAGAAUGUAUCGACAGGAAUCCAGAACUUCCUAAACAAGACUGUACUAGCCCCAGUCCAACAGAGACUGUUUGUUUAGAAUCCUUAUGUGAGGAGAAUAAUCCAGGUACUUCACAAAGGAAUAUAGACCCGAAAGGUAUAACAGUGAACGAAGAUAACUACAAUAUUGAAGAAGUAGAGAUACUAGAGAAAAAUAAUUUUCUGAAUGAGCUUGGCUUGAUUCAAGAUUGUGAGGAUUACCAGAAUAAACAUGAACAUGAUGAUGAUGAUGAUCACAAAGAGGAUUCCUGGGAAGACUGUGUAGAUCAAAAUUUUUCUGAAGAGUCAGUUGAAAAUUUGGACGACAGCAGUGGUGGUGAAGAGCAGAGCAAUUGUCUUUUAGGUCAGACAGUGACUCCAAGAAGUUCCAAAUUGAACAGGAGCAUAUCGGAUUCAACUGAGAGAAUUCUGCGUAAACGUAAGUUGGAUGUCAAUAAUGGAUAUCCAACCAAGAAACGCCAACCAGAAUCACCCUGCAGCACAAUGUCUGAUAACAAAACCAACGUGCCCUCUCUGGGGCCAUGCACUCCUAGUGGCCGCCCCAGGGCUGUUAUUCCUACCAAAGAUAAUCCUCCACCUGAGAUGUCGGAAUGGCUCUCACAGUUCAGUACUUGGUCUAAUGCUGAAAGGAUAAUGGCUAUUAAUGAAUUGAUUGAGAGAUGUGAACCGACUCAAGUGCGCCAUAUGAUGCAG